AUGGACGAGUACACGGUCGACGCCUUCGCCAACCGCGAUGAGGCGUUACCGCUGUUGGUCGUCCCAGGCAGCGACGAUGAAAUCUCGGUCUCAGAUACAGACUCAGUGGCAUCAUCAGCGAGCCGAAGAGAUCGGCUAAAGCAGAAAGCUUCACCGUCUCGACUGAAGGAGAAAGCCCAGGAACGACAGGCAGAACGCGCGGAAGAGGGCAAAUCAGCAUCACUACAAGACCGCCUUUUCGCCAAAAUCAUCAGCCAGGCCUUCCCAGCAGACAUAAUUGACGAUGAGGACGAUACACCCACCAAGGAUCGUCGAUCCUCCAAGUAUGUUUCGCGGCCAGCGUUCUCGAUGAUGGUGAUGGCGAAUAAUUUCCGCCGCUUCAACGCUCGUAUCGGCAUAGUGUUCGUCUUCGAGAACCAAAUGAUCCGUCUCUUCACCUGGCGACAUCCUACGCACACCCUCUCCCUGCUGGCCACUUACACUUUCGUCUGCCUGAAUCCAUACCUUCUGGCAGUCCUCCCACUAGCAGUCGUCACCCUCUUCAUCAUGAUCCCAGCAUUCAUGUCCCGGCACCCACCACCACCCGCACAAACCCACACCUCAGCAACCACCCCGUACUACGCGACCUACACCGGUCCUGCCAUCGCCCCUGCACGAACCAUCAAGCCAGCGUCCGAGACCUCCAAAGACUUCGUCCGCAACAUGCGCGACCUGCAGAACUCCAUGGCCGACUUCUCCAACGCGCACGACACCCUCGUCGCGCUCAUCGCCCCGGCUACCAACUUCUCCGACGAGAUCCUCUCCUCCACUAUCUUCCUAUACCUCUUCUUCCUUACCCUCGCACUGUUCAUCGCCGCCCACCUCUUUCCCUGGCGCCUCAUUAUCCUCACUGCAGGUUACGCCCUCAUCAUCUCUGGCCACCCCUCGGCGCAAAGCUGGCUGCACAAACACCAGAAAUCCUUCCUGCGAGGCAGCAGCAGCACCUCCAUCAGAGAAUCCAUCAAAUCCACGCAACAGAAACCCGCGGUCUUCGACGCCAUGCUGAACGCUCUCCCAACACCACCGGCCUCUCUACACCCCCUAAUAACCUCCCUAAACACCAUGACCCUCUCCUCCCAACCCCCAACCGCACUCGUCGAGAUCUUCGAACUCCAGCACCAAUGGCAGCCCCACCUCUUCACCCCAACCCCCUACGACCCUUUAAGUCCCUCUCGGAUCGCAGGCGACCGCCCUCGCGGCACGCGCUUUUUCGAGGAAGUCCAACCCCCCAAAGGCUGGGAGUGGGGGAGUAAGAAAUGGGAAUUGGACCUUGAAGCAGGCGAGUGGGUGAACGAGAGACUGGUGGUGGGUGUUGAGUUUGGCGUCAGCGGCUCUGAGGAGGCCGGCGUCAACGACAUUCCUGCCGGACGGAGUGAGGACGUCGCUGGUGGCGAUGGGCUCGGACCGCUGCAAAGGAGGAGCUCAGGAGGCGCGUACAAUGGCUGGGUCUGGGAUCUCCCGCCUCCACCGGGCCAGGGCGGGAGGGAAGAGGAGGUGUGGCUGGCGUAUGGGGAGUAUGAUGUUCCAAGGCGGAGCGGGAGAGGCUGA